GCGAAUUCUUUUUUUAUCAGUAAUCAGUAGUCAGUAUAUAAGUAUCAUUGUAAAUUGCACUAUUCUGCAUUAGCAGUAAUAUUUUUCAGACAUGAAGCCUCAAUAUUAUGCUAAGGUCAAAUAUAUAGAUGAUCAUUUACGAGACGUAAAGCCCGUAAACGAAAUUUUGGAAUUUCAAUCUAACCCUCAUGCAAUAAAAAAUUUUGAUAAGGAUGCAGUAUACUCAAUUUUAUGGAAAGAUGAAAAAAUGGUAAAAGAGAUUGAAGUUGGCAUCCAAAUAGCUGAUAUAAAAAUGAUAAGAAGUGAAGAUGAAUUAACUGAGUUCAAAAACAAAAGAGGAGUUUUUAGCAUACUCAACCAAUCAGUAUUAAACAGAUACUAUGACAGUGAUUCAGAAAGUGACAGUUGCAAGAAUACUCCACCAAAAUUAAAGAAAACAAAAGAAGUCACAGGAAAAGAGGAUAAGAACAAAGAAAGAAGUAAACAAAAAAUGAUUUGUGAUAAAGAAAUAGAAAAGCAGAUUCUACAAAGUAAGCUAGCAAAGUUUGUAAACACAAAAACAUUACACUACGAUAAUGAGAAAGAUUCUGAUGAUUCAAAUAAAGAAAAACAUAGUGAAAUUGACAAUAUAGAAGAGGUUUCAAUUGGAAUGCGGCAUGGAAAGGUAUUAAAUGACAAUCUAUUACGGAAAAAAUUUGAAAAAUUGGAAGAAGAAUGUUCACACUUAAAACAAAACCAGACAAAACUUCAGAAUACAAUAAAUCUUCUGAAUGAGCGCUUAGAAACAUACAGAAUAAUAAAUGAACGAUUGCAAAUCCAGAAUUUGCAUUAUGAUUUACAAAUAAAAGAAUUAACUAAAAACGAGAAAAUUCAUCAAAGAUCAACAGCAGCAGUGAAGGAACAUAAUGCUGCAAUUGGUAAAGCAUCGACUCCUAAAAAAUCAUUCUAUUCAGAUUAUAGAUCUGGAAGUAUGAGCGAUGAUGACUUUGUAAGAUCUCGCGAAUUACCUUUACCUGAAAUCUCACCAAAUAUUGAUAAGGAACUAGAAGAUCAUUCACAACCUGAAACCGAUAAUGAUUGGAUGGAACAGGAUAUGUUCCAGGAUGUUGAUGUGCAGAAAACCCCAGACUCGAAAACAAAAAGAAAAUUAGAUUUUGAACAAAACUGGAGUCCAUCAUUGCUACAAAAAAAAAAAGAAAUCAGAAAAAUCUUUUGAAUGUGAAACCAAUACUAGCGAUUCUGGAAUAAUGGAAUCAAGAUCGUCGGUUUCAAAAAAUAAUAAUGUUAAACUGUCCCUAAAAGAGUUUUCAACGUUAUCACGUAAUUUUUUGGGAAAGAAGUCUGCACCAAAUACUCACAAUGCAAAAAAAUUAAAGACACUUGAAAAUCCGUCUCAAGAAAUCAACAGGAAUUCUGCAUCGAACUCAAGUAUAGAAGACGAAUAUGAAAAUGUAGAUAAGUCUUCAGAUGUUUCAGAUUUUGGAAAUUUUGGUCACAGGGAAACUAUCACGAACAAUGAUGGUAUUACGAGAACAAUCAUAUGGUUGAAUAAAAGUUUUCAUAUGGAAUACGAGGACUGGAAAAAGUAUCUGUCAUUGAAAGAUGGUAGUAAAUUUACCAAAGCUAUUUUAAGAGCGAUGCAUACUGAUGAUCAUGACUCUUAUGAGGUACAAUUAAGUACACGAUGUGUCAUUGCGGACAAAACUGCACCAUCGCCCAAUGGAGGAAAUCGAAGAGUGCCUCUUACUGAAAUGGAGCAUAAGACAAUCAGUAAAUGCUUGAUCUACUAUUGUCAAAAAACAUUAAAAUUGAAUAAAGAAGGUAUUAAGAAAGUGCUAGCAAAGAAAAAUAAUUUUAUAUCGGAGGAUAUCAAUUUCUGCCGAAAGAAAAUUAGAAAUGCCAUGAAAUCUUCUAAGGAAAAUUGAUUGUAAUCAACAUUAAGGUGCCCAGUGAGGCUUAAAAAUAGAAAAUUUUUAUAAAACAAAAAUUAUAACUUAAUAUAUUAAAGUUCACAUUUUCGUAUUUGGUCUUUUUACUCCCCAUAUCUCCCGGCUUUUAGGACACCUCAUCCAACGGCUUAGUGUUUCAGAGUUUCUUUUCCUAGCCAUUGCUUUCUAUGUAAUGCUUCUACUUCACAGCAAUCCCGUACAGAUAACCGGGUCUGUCAGUUCACGAUUACAGGACCCAAACGACUGCAAAACCGCGGUGUUCAUUUUGGCAGAUAAAUUAAACAAAAGUCAUUGCUACCGCCGAAAAUCAUAUCCAGGUAUUUUGCACGACUUGCGCUCUAUCCGCUGAAUCAGCGCGUCUAUUUGUAUCAACUCAAAUAUCUGUAUUGACAAACGCACCUGGAUUUCAGCUAAAACCUAUGAAAAUGAUGGAUUUUCCGAGAAAUCCACUUGGAUUUGCCAAGGAAUCCACCUGGGUUUAUUAAAAAUCCACCUGGAUUUAAUCUGAAAUCCACCUGGAAUUAUGUUAAAAUCCACAUGAAUCGACUGCAAAAUUAACCUGGAUUUAUGCUGAAAUCCACAUGGAUUGACCGGAAAAUCCAUCUGGAUUCGUUGACGAAUCCACCUUGGUUUUCUAUUAAUCCACCUGGAUUUAUGCUGAAAUCCACAUGGAUUGAUCAGAAAAUCCACCUGGGUUUAUUCUGAAAUCCACCUGAAAUUAUGUUAAAAUCCAUCUGGAUUUAUGCUGAAAUCCACAUGGAUUGACCGGAAAAUCCAUCUGGAUUUAUGAUGAAAUCCACAUGGAUCGACCGAAAAAACCACCUGGAUUUUGGUUAAAAUCCACCUGGAAUCUACAUGGAUAUCCAUCAUGGAUAUCCAUAUCAAAUCCAUAUGGAAUCCACAUCAAUCCACAUGGAUAUCCAGCUGGAUAUCCAUGUGGAUAUCCAUCUUGGAUUUCCAGCUGGAUUUUUUCAACAGGGAAAUAUCAUUUAUCCUUCGCAUACAACUUUCCUCGUUUUUCUUUGUUCUAAAAUAGCAUUUUUAAACCAUAACGUUAGACAUUAUUGUAAAAUCGUCAAAUAAUAUUUGUUAAACAAUGAAUGUAUUUACAUUUUAUGUUUCAA